AUGUGUCUAUCUAAAGCCAUAGUUCUUGGUCUCUUCAUCGCAACACUCACAUCUUUGUGCAAUGCGGCCGCAAACGUCACAGCAAAGCCACUAUUUCCAGCGAUUUUAAUGUUCGGCGACUCAACCGCAGACACAGGCAACAACAACUACCAUUUCCAGGCCGUAUUCAAAGCUAAGCAUCUCCCUUACGGUGUUGAUCUUCCCGGCCGCGAAGCUAACGGAAGAUUCUGUAACGGAAAGCUAAUCUCUGACGUCAUCGCCACCAACCUCAACAUCAAAGAGUUUGUUCCUCCGUUUCUACAACCGAACAUCUCCGACCAAGACAUUGUCACCGGAGUCUGUUUCGCAUCCGCGGGUGCAGGCUACGAUGACCGGACCUCGCUAUCGAGCAAGGCUAUCCCGGUCUCACAACAACCGAGCAUGUUCAAGAAUUACAUCGCUCGUCUCAAAGGUAUCGUGGGAGAGAAGAAAGCCAUGGAGAUCAUUAACAACGCUUUAGUUGUCAUCAGCGCAGGGCCCAACGAUUUCAUCUUGAACUUUUACGAUCUCCCCACGAGGCGUCUCGAGUACCCUGAUAUCAAUAGUUACCAAGACUUUGUGCUCAAGAGGGUUGAGAGUUUUGUUAGGGAGCUUUACAGUUUAGGUUGCCGGAAUAUUGUGGUCGGAGGGUUGGCGCCGAUGGGAUGUUUACCGGUGCAAAUGACGGCUAAAUUUAGAAACAUUUUUAGAUUUUGUGUGGAACAAGAGAACAAAGACUCCGUUGUGUACAAUCAGAAACUCAUCAAGAAACUGCCUGAGAUUGAAGCGUCUCUUCCGGGAAGCAAGUUUCUUUACGCUAACGUGUACGACCCUCUCAUGGAUAUGAUCAAAAACCCUAGAAAAUACGGGUUUAAAGACACGAAAAGAGGAUGCUGCGGAACAGGGUUCUUGGAAACGAGCUUCCUGUGCAAUGUUCUUUCAAAGACUUGUAGUAAUCAUGCGGAUCACUUGUUUUGGGACUCAAUUCAUCCCUCGGAAGCUGCUUACAAACACCUUGGCAGCUUUGUGGAUGCUCAGAUCCGAGAUUGGGUUAAGGCUUAA